AUGGUUGGGACAACAAACAUCCAUCUCGUUCGUACUUUGGAUACCCGUAUAACCAUCGAAGACUGUUGA